AAAACACCCCAGAAUUUCUCAUCACCUUACAUUUUUACCCCAUAUAAAUUAUUCAAACGUCCACUCUACGCAGACCAGUUCUCUUUAUUUCACCAUCCUUUUCUCUGUGUAAUAACUUCCCCCCCAAGACGCCAUGACUAGCCCUUCUGCUUCUUCUCGCAAGGCUUUGAGCAAGAUCGCAUGUAAUCGGUUACAGAAAGAGCUUAUGGAAUGGCAGGUUAAUCCACCUGCUGGAUUUAAACACAAAGUUACUGAUAAUCUCCAAAGAUGGAUAAUUGAAGUGAAUGGGGCACCAGGAACUUUGUAUGCAGAUGAGAUGUAUCAGCUUCAGGUUGAUUUUCCUGAGCAUUACCCUAUGGAAGCCCCUCAAGUUGUUUUUAUUCCUCCAGCUCCAGCACAUCCUCACAUUUAUAGCAAUGGACACAUCUGUUUAGAUAUCCUGUAUGAUUCUUGGUCCCCUGCCAUGACCGUUAGUUCUAUCUGCAUCAGCAUUCUCUCAAUGUUGUCUAGCUCAACUGUGAAGCAACGUCCUGUGGACAAUGAUCGCUAUGUCAAGAACUGCAAAAAUGGCAGGUCUCCCAAGGAGACGAGAUGGUGGUUCCAUGACGACAAAGUGUAGUAAAACAAGCUACACAUGACUGCAGCAUUAGUGAAUCCCAACUCCCGUGUCAACUGAAAAGUUCUCUCUUCCAUUCCGAAAAGCAAAGAGAAUUUUGGUUUAUACAACUAGUAAAUAGAAGGACAACUGACAUUCAGAAUUUGCCAGUUCACAUUAAGCGCUGAGCAAAAUUUUAAAGCUGCGAUAAAGCAGCCUUUUACUUGUAUAGCAGUGCUAGUGCUUCUGGCUAAAUGUGAGACAGAAGCAUAUAUUGGAAAAUUAUGUUGUGUUAUCUGGCUGUGGCCUUAAAAGCCAACCCUUUAUCGUCCACCACCUUAUGUGUGACGAUGUACCAUGUAAUCUAACUUGCUUUGCUUGAUUAUAAGUUGGGGUUAAAAAUUCUA